AUGCCAUCGCGCGCGGAUGUCCGCUGGGUAAUGACAGGGAACGGGGCAACUUGUGCAGGGCGUCCCUCGACAGAUGACCAUGGUGGCCGUUCCAGUACUGUGAAAUCCUGCAUGGACAGGUGCGAAAGGGAACCGGACUGCGUUGCGAUCGACUACUACCCUGAGCAGCGACAGUGCCGAUUGUCUGGAACUGCGUGCGCAGCGCCAGCAGCGUACACGGGUGGAUCAUCGUAUAAGCUGCAGCUCAAGAGUAAUAUGCUUUGGCCCCUCACUAAACAUCUGUGCGAUCGCGCUCCGCAGCUACUACGUAAUGUCCGCAAGUCUGUCCAGGCCGAACUGGCCGAGCUAUGGCCAUACGUGAUGAAAGAAACCAACGGCAAUUUCACGUUUUCGGAGUACUACGUGGCACUACAGCCUCAAGGCGCAGCUAUGCGCGAAGGUGUGCGGGGAUUCCAGUUGGUGCCUCAUGAAGAUUCUGUGGAUUUCCCAGGCCCGUUAGUCGGUGUUGUGCCCAGGGCUUGUGGCCUUGACGGAUUUUAUGCGUUCGUUUCCCCGCAGGCCCACUGCCACUGGCCGCAUGUGUCGUGGAAUUGUGGUGCUUGGCAAGUCUCUGACAAUAAAUGGUGCCUCUCUAGUCCGAACUACCCUGAUAAUUAUAGAAAAAACAUAAAAUGCCAAGGAUCACUGCGCGGCUUUGUAGACAUUGAUGCUGCCGCUUUCAAGACCGAAUCUGAUAUUGACAUCCUGCAUGUAAAUGGCAUCUCUUACAGCGGAAGUACCGGCCCUCAUCACCAAAGUUUGGACCCCAACAACAUUACGUCUAUCACAUGGACAUCGGAUUAUACUGUUACAUCGAGCGGUUGGGAAAUCUGUGCUACGCCAUGGCGGCGGAGUCUUCCUAACGCUUCUCAGCGUGUGAACAACGUGCUCUCCGAUGCGCCGGGCUUCUGCAGAGUCCCCCUGCAGAAUGGCCACCACGACGAUGCGAUCGCGUGCUUAAAGACCUUGCUGAUGUUGUUCUGUGACAGGCUGCAGGUCCCGGAUCCCUUUCCCAAAGAGUGGUUCCCUUGUUCUUACCAGUUCAUGUUUGUGGAUGUGGAUGUGAACGCCAGCCUCGCACUCGACGUACAUCAAGGGACAUCCGACUUGAACAUGCUUGUGAUCAAAGGCGAGACUUGGAAAGUGGUCGUCGGUUGA